GGCAGGGGUAGUAGAGAUGAAGGGAGGGAGCGUAGCAUCUCGUCCCCUGCAGGCUUUAGAAGAAUGUGAUUGGUGGAUGAGGAUGAGCGACGUCAGCAUCCCAAGCAUCGUGAGCUGAGAGGAAGCACAGAGACGCAAGGAGGAAACCCGUUCUAUUCAGAUGAGUGAUAAUCUCUCGAAGGAGCCUUCACACAUUCUGCAGUCAUUAUCUAAGCAGCUCCAGUUCCUCCAUCUCGGAUCAGGAUUUUAGAUCGCAUCCUCAUCCACAGCCAUGAACUACCUGCGCCGCCGUCUCUCUGACAGCACCUUCAUCUCCAACCUGCCCAACGGUUACCUAUCAGACCUGCAGAAACCCGAUCCUCCUCAGCCUCCUCCACCGGGGACUGCGCCCGAACCAGCCCCUCCGGUCUCUCCGAGUCAGAACCAGAACCCAGCCCCGGCCCCGGCCCCGACCCCAGCUCCGGCCCCGGCCCCAGCCCCGGAGAGAAAACCCCAGCCUGCUGCUCAGCCCUCAGGUGCAGGAUUCUUCAGCUCCAUCACCAAUGUGGUAAAGCAAACGGCAGCCUCAGCAGGGCUGGUCGAGCAGACACCCAUCGCUGUUGCCAAGAAGUUUAAAAUCCUGCUGGUCAUCGACGAGCCGCAGCAGGAAUGGGCCAAACUGUUCCGGGGGAAGAAGCUGCAGGGAGAUUUUGAUAUCCGGGUGGAGCAGGCUGAGUUUCAUGACAUCAGCGUGGUGUCGCAAGCUAAUGGGACCUGCAACGUGGCCAUGCAAGUCACCAGGAACGGGACUAAGGUGGUGAGGUCAUUCAAGCCAGACUUCGUCCUGAUUCGCCAACACGCCUUCAGCAUGACGGAGAAUUCUGAUUUCCGGAACCUGAUCAUCGGUCUGCAGUACGCAGGCGUCGCCAGCAUCAACUCUCUUCAGUCCAUAUACAACAUGUGUGAUAAACCAUGGGCCUUUGCUCAGCUAAUCAGCACACACAGGAGGCUGGGAGCUGAAAAAUUUCCACUGAUUGAACAAACCUACUACGCAAACUACAAAGAGAUGGUAACCAUGCCAACCUUCCCUGUUGUGGUGAAAAUUGGACACGCCCACUCUGGAGUGGGUAAGGUGAAGGUGGACAAUCACACCAAGUUCCAGGACAUAGCUAGCGUGGUGGCUCUCACACAGACCUACAGCACGUCCGAACCCUUCAUCGACUCCAAGUACGACAUCAGGAUCCAGAAGAUCGGCAACGACUACAAAGCCUACAUGAGAACCUCUAUCUCAGGAAACUGGAAGUCCAACACAGGAACAGCCAUGCUGGAGCAGGUGGCCAUGACGGACAGGUAUAAGCUAUGGGUGGACACAUGCAGUGAUCUGUUCGGAGGUUUGGAUAUCUGUGCAGUUAAAGCCAUUCACGGUAAAGACGGAAAAGAUUACAUCACUGAGGUGGUCGGCUCGUCCAUGCCUCUGGUUGGAGAUCAUCAGGCUGAAGAUCGGCAGCUCAUAGCAGACAUGGUUAUAACCAGGAUGAACCAGGCCAUGUCCCAAAACCCUAAAAGACCCACCACCAUCCAGCCAUCACAGAACGGAGCUCAGAAGGACGUGGUGACGGAUGGGAAGAAGACGCCGUCCCAGAAGGCUCCUCAAGGCUGUCUGCAGUACAUUCUCGACUGCAAUGGAGUCGCAGUCGGACCCAAACCGGUCCAGGCCAAAUGAGACGAGAGAGAGAGAGAGAGAGAGAGAGAGAGAGAGUGGGGGAAACAGGGGCACUCAGCACAGGGCUGAGAUCUAAACACUGAUUAGCAGAUUGAAUUGAGACAGUGGUGUGUGUGUGUGUGUGUGUGUGUGUGAGGGCAGGUUGUGUCUCAGAGAGCGAGCCUGGACUGUUUUUAUCCCCUAUGCAGUGUCAGUGUGUCGCUUUAGUUGUGCGCUUGUGAUGGUCGCUUGUUGUUUGUGUGUAAAGCGGUUGUUAAAUUCAGGCCUGUGUUUAAUUACAAACGUGGUGUUUAAAACGAGCAGAUCGUUAACUCGGAGCUCAGUGUCGCUUUACUUCUGCCCAAAUUAUCGUCUUUUUCAUUUUUAUUAUCCUCGUUUUGUCUUGAUGGGUGUUCAGACUGUUCACAACUCUGUGUGUGUGUGUGUGUUUAGUAUCAAUGUGUGUAUGGCGAUGAUUUAUGGAGUUUAUUUUUGCAUGAGCACUUGUUGAGAGUUGAGAAGCUGUUUUAAAACUCACAGCUCCGCUCUGAAGAAGACAUUAGUGACGUGGUGGACGUGUGUGACUAACAUGACUAACAUCAUCAGCUGUAAUUUAUAGGUCGUUUAAAAGGAUUUCACAGAAGCGUCUCAUUAUUGUAGAGAUAUAAUGAAGUCAGACGUGUAUUUACCCGUAGUUUAGACCAAAACUCAAUUUUAUUUUAAAGAAUAAAGAAGUUUAUAAAAUAAUGGAUGGCUAUGUUACAUAUAAGGCCUAUGAUGCCAGAGUAUUAGGGAACAAAAUAAAGGUUUUUAAACAACAUACUGGACCAAGAAAUAUAUAUAAAAUAAAUAAAUCAAAUGAUAAUAAUAAUAAUAAUAAU